AUGUCGGAGAAUAGCUUCAACUCAAAGUAUUUGGACGAUGACGAUGAGGACGAUGCGAUUGCUGCCUCUGAGGGCAAAGUUUCGAGCCAGGUGGCCAAGCGCAUCUGGCAGCCAACCAUCGAUGAUACUACCCCUGGGGUCUGGGAGCCGCCCGCUCUAGCGGUGAGCGGGACCGCCUCGGACUUUAUACACGAAGUGAUGCGCUCUCUCUACGGCGACAACAGCAAGGAUCCGGAGAACGGCUCCGCCCAGUACUUCAAGGCGGCCGAGAAUUAUGCGCUGUUUGGCGCCAACUACAUGGGCUUGGAGGAGGACAAGAACAAAAAACCGCCGCCGGGCUUCGAACAAAGCUCCAGUCAGUUUGCGGCUGGAUCGGCCGGAGUAUCCGGCCAAAGCUACUCGGGGAGAUUAGCAGACGUACAUGGUUAUAUUUUAAUAUAUAUAUUUAAUUUUGUUUUUAAAACGUUUAUCAUAUUUCAGCUCUUUCUGCUGCACCUUGACGACAUCCUGCCGCAGGCGUUGAAGCUACAGCCGCGCAACAAUAACCAGCCGACUGGCUGCUCCACAAUCAUUGUCAACCAAAAGAAUUGCCGACUGUUGGGUCACACCGAGGAUGCCCUGACGGAAUCCCUCAAUCAUUACUAUUUUGUUGACGCGCACAUCAUCAGCGACAAGCCGCAGGGCAAAUACAAUGUCAAGGAAGAGCACUUUAUGUCCCUGUGCUAUGCCGGACACUUGCCCGGCUACACCAUGAAUCAGAAUUAUCAUGGCCUGGUCUUCAGCAUCAAUACGAUCAGUGCGGAGCUGUUGCGCAGUGGCAAGACACCGAGACACUUCUUGACACGAGCCCUGCUGGCCACCAGCAAUGUGGACGAUGCUUUUAGGGUGCUCAAGGACGCAGGUGUGGGAGCAGCCGAUGCCUGCUCCAUUAACUUUACCUUCUUGGCCGAUCCCCGCCAGAUGUUCUAUAAUGUGGAGAUGGCGCCUUCGCCAGACCGUAAGAAUGAGUCGCUUUUGAACAUCAAGGAGAUACCCUUGGGCAAUCAUAACUACCAUGUGAAUCAAUUCGAUCGCAUACGCCAGGAUCAGGCCAACGCUCUGAUGGUCGACUCCAGCGUAUCGCGAAUGCAGGCGUUCGGCACCUACAAGCCGCCAUCGAGCGAGCAGGAUGUGCGCCAUAUGCUGGGCGAUGUCUCUGGGGGAAUGUAUUGCGUGUGGCGCGAGAAUGGCAGCUGUGAUGAGGUGGUCAAAACCAUUGCCGUUGGCAUUUUCGAUCUCACCGCUAGGACCAUGUCGCUCUAUUCGGACAAUGCCAGUCAGACGGAGCCUCACUGCAGGUUGCCUCUGCUCUUCAAGUAGCUUUAAUGCACACCCCCCGCCUCCCCCCUUUGUUGGACGCAGAUUUUACUCGUAUGUUUAAUAAACAUAAUCAAAUGGCAGUUUGAGCUUGAUCCAAAA